AUGGUAGAUGAUAUUCGGCAGCAGUACCGCCAAACCGUUGAAAGCCAUCAGUUAGUUGGUGCUAGUGACGUCAAUAGUGGGAAAGAAAAAAAUCCACAAAGAUACAGUCCUCAGUUUUGUUGCACGGCAAGUCAUCAGGCGACCGUAGUACCUCAGCAACAACUGAUAAAUGAUGAAUUGAUUACGCAUAAUCUGUUACACCUAUCCUCCUAUUGUCCCAAAGUUAAAUCAUUUAUAGAUGAGGAACAAUUAAAUGAACUGGCUUUGUUGGGACUGGAGGAAUUUGCAUCGUCGCCAUUUGCGAUACUUUACGGUGAAACUUCUACAAAUUUCCAAUUAUUAGCGACCAGUGGAUUACAAAAGCUUGUUAAAUCAUACACAUCGCCCACAGAAUGGCAGAUUGCAGACCGUCCUACGGCAUGGGAAAUAAUUAAACCACAUUUUUGGACAGGGCCGCCUCGCAUACGUUUCGAAGGUGUUUUUGAUAUUAUUCAACAGUAUAUCGACCCAAAUUUAUCCGUUCUCGAUAUUCUUAAUAGUGGCACAUCACGACCAAGCCGAACACAUGAUGCUCUUGCUGUUCUCGCAUUUAUGUCGACUGUUGUUACAACGAAUUUUGAUCAUCUUAUUGAAGAUGCAGGCCGAUAUCGGCCCGGUUACAAUCCAAACACUGUUCCUUUUAAUGUCUUUUAUACGGAAGCGGAUUUCGGGAAAGCUCGUAAUUCUCUUGGCAAUAGUGCAUCAUCAAUACCUGAAUUUAAAGGUUUGUGGAAAAUUCAUGGCACGGUUGCCAGAUGGGAAAAUAAUUCGUGGUCUCUUGUUCGAGCUGAUGAAGACGGAGGCCCAGUAGCAACAUUUCGACAUCUAUCAUCCACACGAGAAUCGG